CGUCAUGGCGAAAACAUUGAGUUGUUGUUGCAUUUAUUUUUUUCAACCAAAGCCGCCUUUCCUCUUUCAGCUGAUCCGGGCGAUGGAGGGCGGGGGCGGAAAUUUCUCACGGACUGACGCCAUCCGCGAUCCCGGCGGUGUUGCGGCCGCCCCUCAGGAGGAGGAGGAGGAGUCUCAGGCCGUGACUGCCUCGCUAACGUCAUCAUCCUCUUCGACCUCGGCGCCGUCAUCAUUAUCUUUAAUAUCGCAGGCCCCAUCCUCGUCAUCCCCCUUGGGCCCGCUUCCGAAGCCAUCUCUACCGUUCACGCAUUUUCUUUCUCACGCCCAUCCGCCCACCAGGGAAGGCGAGGGCGUGGGCGUGUCUCAGUCUUUCAGCGUCAUCCAUAGUUAUCUGGACACGUGGACGCCCGUUAUGCCCUCGCGCGAGGGCGCGGUCCACUUGGCUCACGUGUUUGGGGAAAACGCCGCUCCGGCCGUCGCAGCGACUCCUGGAGGAACGGAAGGCGGGCGCGGCGCUCCCUUCGCCUCCCGCGCCGUUCUGGCACGCGCGGUAUUUGACACAGAUCUGCCUUCGCGCCAUUCGCCUGCCGUCCUGGAUCUGGCUGUGCCGCGCCCUCCGCCCCCUGUCCUUUAUCCGCCUACGUCAUUCCCCGCUCCUGCCCCGAUUCCUUCUCUCUUUCGUGAGUCACCGGCGUCAGACCUCUCCUUGCCGCUCCUCACGCCGACGCAGGAAGGGCCCCUAUGUCGCUCGACGCUCGCUGUAGAUCCUCCGUAUUCCUACCUCCCGCCCGGCCUGAAUCCUUUACUGCCACGCCCCACGGCCGUGUUAAACCCCCCUCCGCCGCGCCUGGCCCUUGCUCUGCCCCAGCGCGAAGACCCGCACAAGCAAGGUGCUCCCAUAUCCGCGAGGCGGACCUCCCCAAGAGUUCCUCAGGUGCCCCCGGAACGCCCUUUGACCAGCGAGUCCCCAGACGAAGCGCCAAAAGGAGCCCAGGAACCUGGCUCAGAGAGCCCUAGAGACAAGGGCCCUCACCCUGAGCGCCAGGAUGGCCAGCUCCGAGUUUCUCCGCACAAAAAGCUCCACAUGGACGCCGCUCCAGGCCUCGAGGAGACAGCGCGGCUCGUCACGAAGGUCGCCUCCGACAAGGCUGUCGCGCAGGGGGUCGCCGAUCUUGCGCGCGGCGUCACGAAUGCAUCAUUUGAUGCCAUACCGUACAUGCAGUCAGGUCCAGCCUCAGCGGUUGCCACGGCCUUCCUUCCCGGCGAGGACGCCCUUCCCGACCCGCCCGAGGACUGCCUGUGGGCGGAGGACGACUCGGGAUGCUUCGAGGGCAUGAGCAGCUCCAGCGACCCCUCGACCGCGCCCCCGCCCGCGCCGCCCUCGCCCGCCUGCGACUCCUUCGGGCUCCUCGCGUCCGUGUUCAAGGACAGGCUCGCCGAAGAGGUGGACGUGUUCACCCGCUACAUGAGGCACAUCCACGACGAAGGACCGCGCCAUGGGAUCAGUGAAGAGGAUCCAGAGGAAAUCAAACAGUAUCAAUUGCUUCUUCAAUUGCACCACUUGGCUGCGAAGAUCACAAGACUGCUGCUGCAACAUUAACAGUGCCACAACGUACUACAAAACUUCAGUAUAUAUGCAUUUAUUUUUUUCUUUUUUCUUUUUUUUUCUUUCUUUGUUCCUUUUUUUUCUUUCUUUUUUUUCUUUUUUUUUCUUUUUUUCUUUCUUCUUUUUUUUGUAUGUUUUCUUUUCUCUUCUUUUUCCUUUAUUCAUCCAGACGCAUAUCCAUGGUGAAUGAAAAAUACCCGAGGCCAUUUAUUCAGCUUAUUUUCCCUCGGUAAUUCCAACGUUUUCAAAUGUUUCCUAGUAUUGGUAUGCAGCUUGAUUGUCAAUUGUUCAAAUGUUUCCUAAUGUUACUAUGGAACUUGAUUGUCAAUUGCUCAGCUGUAAAUUGGUGAUAAUCACUUGAUAAUACGUUAUUUUUUUGUUGUUUAUCAUUGAGCAUCGUGUUAUAUUGUUGGUGUUUUUCUUUUCAAUGAUGAUAAAUGUAAC